AUGGACAGAUUGACAGUUUCAAUCAAUCAGGUAAACUUUGAGAAACAGACGUUGGAUGAUGACGGCCAGUACGAGGAUGAAGUUAGCAAGAUAAACUCAUUUGGUAAUCUCGUAUCUUACGACUCUGAAUUCAUGGGCAGGGAAGCUCUGGAAUGCCCGAUAUCUACCCAGAAGCUGACAGCCGAAGAGUUCAGAAAGCAGCGAGAACAGUAUAGCAACAUUUAUGAUUAUGAAGAUGACGAGGCCCGUGCACGAUACAAGCAACAUCAGCUACAACAGCAGCAGCAGCUACAACAGCAGAAGCAGCAGCUAUCUCCAGACCAUGUGACCUCUUUCAGGGCUUUUACUGAAACGGUUGAAGCCCUUGCCCUUCAGCAAUCUGUCAUUGGUGGCGCUAGAAUCACUCCGGCGUCUGAUGAAGAGGUUGCCAGGGUUGUCAUGGAAACCAGGAAGAAGAAGAUGACGACGACGAUGAAGAAGGAAAAAAAAUCUGUCACUGCAUCAUCAAAGGAUGGCCACACAUACUACAAUAUUAUAUACGCGACUGGUGAUGAUAAUGAUACUAAUGAAUGUGGUGCUAGUACUACUACUACUACUACCACUACUACUACUACUACCACUACUACUACUACUACUGCUGCUGCCGCUACUACUUCUACUGCUUUUACUACUACUAAUAAUUAUGAUGAUGGUGAUGAUGGUUUUAAUGUUGUUGAGCUUGAUGGUGCUAGUAACAUUGCACAAAGCAAUGUCAUUAGCAAUAAUAUCCAUAAGGAUUGCAACAAUAGCAUUAAUAUUAACAAUAAUAAUAACUACAGCAACGAUAACGAAGUUAAUACAAAAGAUAAAAAAUUGAUAAGGGUUCCUUCGGAGCACAUCACCACUGAGAGGCACCAAAAAAACAAAUUCACCUGGGGUCCAGCGACUAAAAGUGAACUUUUCAAUAACUACAUGAGUAAAAAGUCUUCUGCCAGAGUCAGCCAAAAAACUCGGCAGCCAAUCAAAACCUCCGAAGAUUAUAUAUCAGUACAUGAAUCUGCUCGAAAGAUUAACGACCAGGGUAAUUCGUUAGAGGUAAUUAAUUCCGAAGAGAAUAAUAAUAUAAAUAAUUCACUAAAUAAUUAUAACAAUUAUGAUAAUAAUUAUAAUGACUCUCUUGAAGCCAGUUUCAAAAUAAAUUUGAAGUCUAAAAUUAGCUCGCGAGAAGUGGCCGAGAUAGUUGAGAGAUUCGACAGGUCCAUCAAAGAACCUUUCCAAGUUAGGCGCCUCAUAAAUGACAAUGACGUCGUCAUGAAUAAUGAUGAUAAUACUGAUAACGAUUACUACUACAAUGAAGAAGUGAGAAAGUUUAAAAUCAAAAAAAGUGAAUCAAUCAUCAGUCAGAACGUCAUUCGAAUUGAUUUGGAUAACAACAACAACAACAACAAUGAUAAUAAUAACAACAACAAUAGUUACAUUAACAAUAAUAAUAAUAAUUACUUUAACAUUUGUAAAGAGAAAGCUAAUUUAGAAGGUAGAUUGGAGGUGCUAUUAGCCGAGAAUAGGAAACUCUCGGAGGUCAGGCUGCAACUGAUGGCCAAAAUUGACGAAUUGUCCGCUGACAACAAUAACAAAAAUAAUAAUAAUAAUAACAAUAAUAAUAAUAAUAAUCUUAUUAUGGAAAUUGAAAAUUUGAAGGCUAAUAAAAUGAGAUUGGAAACAGUGAUAAUGGAGGCACACAAAUUGAUAACAGAGAAGGACGAGGAGGUGCAGGUCGUGACUUGUGAGUUGAACAGCUACAAGGAGGUGGUCCGGAAGGUGGAGAAGCAGGCGGCUGACUUGAAACAAGAGCUUCAUUCUCGCGAUGUCAUUAUCCGCGAUCUGAAGACGAAAAUUACCGAACUGUACGUUGAAUUUCAAACGACCAAUCAGAGCAGGAUCUUGUCGGAAAAUGACGUGACGUCAUUAAGGGGGGAACUUAAUGCUGCCCUCGCCUCUAAGGAAUGGUAUAAGAAUCAGCUGUUGUCUUGUCAAAAGGAGAAAAAUCAUCUUCAAGAUGACGUCACGAACACGAAGGCCGCCAUGAUUAAGCAGGCGACGACUAUCGAGAAAUUAAAGGUGGAAAAUGUUAGGAUGAAAUCGAGUCUCAGUGAGACGGAGCAGAAGUUGCUAUCAGAGAAGCAGUUGAUGGCCAGGCACUUGGAAUCUAUCGAGAUGGAGUUGAUGCAACGCGAAGCUUCUCUGCUACAAUCCAAUAAGGAGUACCUAUCUAUAAAUUGUAACAAAGUAAAUGGGCCACUGGAUGUGGCGAGUGGUGAUGCUGUUGCUGCUGCUGCUACUGGCGCUACUACCGUUGCUUCUUCUGACGAUGUUAAUAGAAAUAAUAAUAAUAAUAAUAAUUUCGCUGCUACUGAUAUUGAGGAUGAUGACUUCAAAAUGAAAUUUAAAUCAUCGAUGGAUGAAUUAGAAGAUAGAAAGAUGGAUCUUCUGAAACUUCAAACAGCGUAUAAAUACCUAACCGAAGAAAAUACCGAUCUGAAAAGGAGAUGUACCGACUUACAGGGAUGUGCGGCCGAUAAAGAGAUGCUACUGGCUGAAGCAGACGACAGAUUGUCGAGUUUGAGGGAGGAGGCCGAGAACUUGAAAUUAGUGAUCAGGCAGUGUGAGGACCAGUUGACAGUCCUUCAACACGAGAAAGAUAUUUUGCAGAUGGAUUUGAACUCAACGAAGGAGGAGAAGAGGAUCAUAGAUGACGCCCUGACAUCUUUGAAGGAAAAUUUGAAAGUCGUCGAAGUUAACUUUAAUCAUAUGAAGGUCGAACUACUGGCCAAAAAUGACGAAGUCUCUCUUUUAAAAAAGCAAUUAGAAGAUGCUAAUCAACAGCAGCAGCUGCAGCAGCUACAACAGCUGCAAGACGGGCAAAUUUUGAAAAGUAAUUCUCAGCAGUUGAAAUUUGUUGAAAUCGAGAAUGCCAACUUCUCACUCGAUCAUUCGCCAUACUCGUUCCACAGCUUGAAGAUGAAUAAAAAAUUUGAAGAGAGACACACACAAACGACCACAACCAACUCUAAUGAUGGUAUCAUGUUCGACACACACCUGCAGCAGCUACAGCAGCAGCCACAGCAGCUGCCAAUAAACAAUCAGCCAACCAGUCAGGAACAGCUUCUUAAACGAGAAAAAGAUGGUCUUGAGAAGAAACUCCAGUCAACCAUCGAUCAAUUGAAAUUCACCCAAGAUAAACACAAACACCAGCUGACUUUGAACUAUGCUGUCGAAUGCGAGCUCGAGCUCGCCAGGAAGGAAAUAGAUGAUUUGAGGAAAAAGAUCAAAAUAGCAGAUGAUAGCAGUAGGAUUGCUGCUGCUACUACUUUUACUGCAACGGCAAAAGCCGCCACAACAGCUACUACAACGGCCACAUCGUCAUCGAAGCACUUGAGGGGCAUUGAUAUUAGAGAUAUCGUCACGUCAUCAUCGUCACUGAUAGUUACAUCGUCGUCAGCACUGUUGGAAAAUAAUAACCACAAUAAUAAUAAUAAUAAUAAUUAUAAUAAUAAUAAUAAUGAAGAUGAUGAUGAUCGUGGUGAAGUUGCUGAAGUUACUACAUCUGCCUCAUUCCAAUUGGCGGCACCUCCAGUUAAUAAUGAUGAUUCAAAUAAUAAUAAUAAUGAUAAUAAUAUAAAUAAUAAUAGCAACAAUAAUAAUUAUAAUUAUAACAAUAACAAUUAUAAUAAUAAUCAUAAAUUGGAAAUGGAAUUAGCUGAAUUGAAGAUGAAAUUAAUCCAAGUAGAACAAGAGAAGAAUAAAGUGCUGCUAUUGGAAGAUCAAUUAGAUCAGCUGACACAUGACAAAUACAUUGACGAGAUGAAAUACAAGCAACAAAUCGAUACCCUCACUACGGAUCUAUCUUCCCAAGAGUUGGAGAUAGUGCGUUUAAGAGAGGAGCUAGAGAUAAUGAAGUUGCAGCUCGAUAAUGUUGACUAUAUGGAGAAGAAGAGAAGCGCUAGAUUUUUUGAAAAUCGAGAUAUCGAUGCUAGCAAUGAACAACAACAUUAUCAACAACCUCAUCAACAACAACAUCAACGACAUGCUGAUUUUUUGCCACAACAAGAGUUCCUUGAACUGCAAAAACAGGGAGAAGAAGAACAUCCACAGGAGCUGUUGGACAUAGUGAAAGACAUAACCAAUCAGCUACGAACUCAAAUACUCUUGAAAGAAUCCUUAGAAACCGAGUUUAAGUUACUAGACAACAACUAUAGACAACUCCUAACGACAAAUAGCAACCUUUCAGAUGAAAUCAAAAGGAACGUCCUAGAGAGGCAUCUUCUGUCAUCCAUAAACGAGCUACAGAGGAUGAAUGAAGAGAAUGAUGGACUGAAGGGCGAACUUGUUAGGGUCGUCCAGGUAAGUGAACAGGAAAUAGAUCGCUACAAAAGGCAAAUAGGAAAAUUAGAGAUAGAGAUAAAUGAAACGAGAGUGAACUAUGAAAAAACGCUAAUUGAAAUUAGGUCAAACGUCAAUAUCGAGGUCGAGAGAGAGAAGGGAAAGUUGAUCGAAAUGUUCAACAAACAGCAACAACAAAUUAUAAACGUUGUUAAUGAUGAUAACGAUAAUAAACUAUCAUCAUCAUCGUCGUCGUCGUCUUAUCGCGAGUUGAUUGACAAGUUAGAAACCAAAGAUAAUGAAUUGAGAGAAUUGAAGUUGAAAUUGAACUCAUUGGAAGAGGAUUUAGAGAGAGGAAAAUGUGCCAUCAAAGAUACCAAAAAAGCUCUGUUAACCGAAAAAGGCAUUUGUGUCAAGCUGAAGUUGGAUGUAGAAGAAUUAACGAGAAAACUCACCCAGCAGAGCAUAGACAUGGAAAACUACAGAAAUCAACAAGAAUCAAGCGCUAAACAAAUGGAUGAACUGCUGAAAAGUGAAUCUAGAUUGAAAGCCGAAGUAGAAAGGUUGCAGACGGAUUUGAAGUUGAAAUCUUCUGAGGGGGAGAAGUUGUUGAGAAUGUUGGAAGACUGUAAUGCUAAGGAAUCGUCCUUACUGGAUCAGAUUAAUACAUUGGAAUGGAAGAUAUCGCAGAUGACGUCAGAGCUGCAAUCGACCAAUGAGAGGAUGUCGUUGGUUGAUGACAGGCAUGCUUGCGAAAUUAACUCGCUAACUGAAUCCUUCAAAAUCAAAUCGUCAGAGCUGGCAGCCCUGCAGGCAGAAAUUUCACAGAUGUCGAGGGAGCGAGUGGUAAAGGAGAAAGAGACAUCCUUAGUUAGCGAGUUGAUAAUAAACAAGGAGGAGUUGGAAAAACUGCUCGUCGAUGUCACACCACACUCUACUGAUAAUAACCUAAGGGGUGAGAUAGACAGCCUCCAAGUCCAGAUCAACGAACACGCAACAGCUGCUCUCACCUCCUCAAAAGCCUGGAGGGAUUUGGAAGAGCAGGUUAAAGACUUGAAAGAAAUCUGCCAACUGUCAGCUUUGACUAGAGCUCAAAAUGACGACAACAAUAAUACCACUGCUACUACUACUACUAAUAAUAAUGACGAUGACGUCACCAUCCGGCAAUCGUCAUCAGCAGCACUUCCGUCAUUAUUAUCAUCAUUGCUUCCGUCACCGCUAUCAGCCAAUGAUAUUGAGUUGCUAGUUUCGGCGUUAAACCUACCUGAGCAUAUUGCGCUGAUGCUAAUGCAAACUUCGUCGUCAUCAUCAUCAUCAUCAGUCAAAAAAGGUCAAAGGUCAUUCUCUGUCUCGUGCACUUGCGACGCCAGAGGUCACAACGACAAACGCAGAAACUGA